AUGGAGUCAAAGAAACCGCUUACACAUGAUGUUUUGAAUACCUUUAUGUACGAGGUUUGUGCCAUCAUCAACAGUCGGCCAUUAGCUAACGUGUCUGUGGAUAAAACGCAACCAUCAGUUCUUUCCCCUUCAGUAUUGCUGACACAAAAGACUGACGUCGAUUAUAGACCGUUUCAAGCAAUUGAUGUGAAGGACAUGUACAAAUCAUCAUGGAAACACACUCAAGUUUUAGCAAACCAGUUUUGGAAAAGAUGGCAGCAAGAAUACCUUUACAGUCUUCAAAGCAGGCGAAAGUGGACUUGUGCUAAGGGGAACAUCAAAGUUUGUGAUGUAGUGCUCUUAAAGGAUUCAGAUACUGUAAGAUACGAAUGGCCCAUGGCAGUCGUUCAACGAACUUUCUCGAGUAAGGAUGGACAUGUUCGGAAAGUGGAACUACGCACUAUUAGAAACGAAACCUGUAUUACUUGUGUGAGACCUAUUACCGAGAUUGUACACCUGUUUACACCAUCAUAA